AUGUCCCUUCCGCCUUUAGACCAUGCCGCUUAUACGAUCGGCUGGAUUUGCGCCUUGCCAAAAGAGAUGACAGCAGCCAUAGCAAUGCUCGAUAACGUUCAUGAAGGUCUCCCCCAGCCUGUAUCGGACUAUAACAACUACAGUCUUGGCUCUAUGGGAAGUUUUAAUAUUGUCGUCGUGUGCUUGCCAAGCGGGGAUUUCGGAAGCCAUCAAGCCUCAGCAGUGGCCGCAAGGAUGCUCGCUACCUUCCCUAAUCUGAAGAUGGGGCUUAUGGUGGGUAUUGGAGGUGGUGUACCGAGCGAGGAGAAUGACAUAAGGCUGGGAGAUGUCGUUGUUAGCACACCGGCCAAGGGAUUCGGCGGCGUGGUGCAACACGACAUGGGAAAGCAUACCAAGGACGGCGGAUGGGUGCGAACCGGGUCAUUAAAUGGAGCACCCAUGAUACUGAAAACAACAAUCUCCAAAUUAAUAUCGUUUCAUCAGAUACAGGGGAAAAGGACCGAAUUUUAUCUGUCGGAGAUGUUGGAACGCCAUCCAAAUUUAUCAACCCAGUUUGCUCGUCCGGCAGAAUCCUCCGACGUACUGUAUGAGCCAGAGCCUGAAGAUCCAGACACAUUAACAGACUGGGUGGAAGUGGCAAGGGAUCCCCGGUCACCUGAAGAUUCCAUCAAAAUUCAUUACGGGUUGAUCUCCUCUGGGAAUCAAGUGAUAAAGAGUGGUAGACAAAGGGAUUUGAUCAGCUCUCGCCUUGGUGGCGUCUUGUGUUUCGAAAUGGAAGCUGCCGGUUUGAUGAACGAGUUACCAUGUGCUGUGAUCCGAGGUAUUUGCGACUAUGCAGAUGCGCACAAGAAAAAGGAGUGGCAAGAUUAUGCUGCGGCGGUUGCAGCAGCCUACGCCAAGGAACUGGUCAACGCAUUACCAACCACUAUCCUAGAAACACAGAUUAUUUUGCCAGCCCUCUCAAAUCACCUAGCUGAUUUACAGAUUGAACCACCAAAUUUCGUUGGACGAGAGCAAGAACUUUCUACGCUACUGGAAUGGGCCUCGUCAAAAGAAAUUUGUCGCAACAUGGCCGUUUUUGGGCUCGGCGGCGUCGGCAAGACUCAGAUUGCUCUGGAGUUUGCCUACCGCACUAGGGAGCAGAAGCCAUAUUGCUCAGUGUUUUGGGUCCCAGUCACAGACUAUCUCGCAUUCAAACAAGCCUAUAAACAGAUUGGUCAAGUUAUCAACAUACCGCGCAUAAAUGAUAACGGAGAAGAUGGCAUGCAGCUUGUUAAAGAAGCGCUCAGCGACAGCAAGAGAGUGGGUUCCUGGCUUAUGAUCGUUGACAAUGCGGACGACAUGAACAUGAUAUUCAGACAACCAACCGACACGGAACUAAUAGUGCCGGGUCUGAUAGACUACAUUCCAUCUAGUCCUAACGGGUUGACGCUCUUUACAACUCGAAAUCGCAAGGUAGCUGUGAGGCAAGCAGCCAACAAUAUCAUUUCUCUCGAGAUAAUGGUCCCAGAGGACGCUAGCAAGUUAUUGGCGAAAUCAAUCUUGAGGCAAGAAAUACUCUUGAAUGUGGAUGCUGUCAGGGAGCUCCUUGGUCUUCUUGGCUUCUUGCCUUUAGCGAUUAUCCAGGCAGCGGCUUAUAUAAAUGAGAACGACACGACCAUUGAGGAGUACAGGAGUUUAUAUAAUGAGAGCGAAACCGAGGUAAUGGAAGUAUUAAGCGAGGACUUCGAGGUCCCCGGCCGGUACAAGACAAUUAAAAACUCAAUAGCAGCAACAUGGCUCGUCUCUCUUGGUCAACUCACUCACACGAACCCAGUAGCAAUUGAUUAUCUAUCCUUCAUGGCCUGCUUGUCAAGUUCUAACAUCUCCCCAUCGCUCCUUUUACCAGCCCCAUCAAAAAAGCAAGGCCUCGAGGCGAUAGGUGCACUCAAAGCCUACUCGUUGCUCAGGAAACGAGACGACGGCCCGAAUUUUGACAUACACCCACUCGUCCACCUGGCCACUAGGAAUUGGCUACGAAGUGAAAGAAAACUACAGCUUUGGACCAGCAGCGCAGUUUUGCGGCUCGUUGAGCUUCUUCCAGAGGGGGGUCAUGAGAACAGACCAACAUGGACCGCUUACUUGCCCCAUGCAAGAUAUCUUUUGAACUCAGCUGCUGUUGCUGCUGCUGAUGGCGACGAGAAAGUUGUGGUCCUGGCGGAGAAAUUGGGGAAAUGCCAUUAUAGCAACGGGGAGUAUAGUGAGGCACAUCGGACAUAUGAACAAGCGCUGGAGCUACGGGUCAAAAUAUCUGGCUUGGAGAAUCGGGAUACAAUGAGGAAUAUGUUCGGAAUUGCCGAGGCCCUCUCCCACCAAGGCAAGUACAAAGAAGCUGAAGCCCAGCACCGAAUGAUUCUGGAACUUAGAAAGAAGGUAUUGGGCCAAGAGGACCCUGAAGUGGGUAGGAGCAUGAACUAUCUUGCCCAGGCGAUGUAUGAGGGCGGGAGAUUUGUUGAAUCGGAGCAGAUGCAUCGAGCUGCGCUUGCAUUACAGAACGAGGUACUGCAUCCCGAGCACCCGAACGCCUUGUCUACGACUAGCUAUCUGGCUCAGGCAAUAGGUCAACAGGGAAGAUACAAGGAAGCCGAGGAACUAUACAGGGAAUUACUCGCAACUCGCAUAAGGGUCCAAGGCGAAGAGUAUCCAGCUACCCUGGCGACCAUGAGUUGUCUUGGUGCUACCUUGGGAGAUCUAGGAAACUACUCGGAUGCAGAACACUUUCACCGACGAGUGCUCGACCUUCGAGUGAUGAUCCUAGGGAAUCGCCACCCGCACACUUGCAUAACCAAAAGGUGGCUGGCCGAGGCACUUCUGCACCAAGAAAAAUACGAGGAAGCCUAUCGUUUAAAUAGAGAAGCCCUCGACGUGCAGACUGACGUACUGGGCCUGAAGCACCCGAGCACCCUCCUUACUCUGGUGAACCGGGGCGAUAUCUUUUUUCACCAGGGACAGAUAGGCCGAGCUGAAAAGGUCUAUCGUCAAGCGCUGGAUUUCCAAAUCGAGUAUCGUGGAUCAGAACAUCCCGAGACUCUGAAGAGCAUGGAUAGUCUCGCCAACGUGCUCAAUAAGAGGGGGAAUCAUGAUGAAGCAAAAGAAUUGUAUGAAAAGGUUUUUGAAGCACGCGUCAGGAUAUUGGGACCGGGGCACCCGAAGACUUUAGCGACACCUCACUAA